CUUUUAUUUCAAUUUGUUGGAAACUGAAUAUGCCUACAGGUGGCAGACACAGUGUCUUUUAUCAAAUAGACACAAAGAACUACUGAGCUAAGCAAAAGCACUUUGUAGGUCCUCAUCAUAUACACAAUCAUAGUGAAAGUCAAAACUGUAAGGGGAAUAAUGAGCAGUUGUUCUAAUCUAAUCAAGUGAAUGAAUUACCUCCCUUAGUUUAACAAAAAUGAAAGAGGAAGUAAAUUGAAUAAAUUUCCAAAAAAAUUAAAACAGAAAAUAGAUUGAAAGUAAAUUUCAAAAAAAAAAAAAUAAUAAAACAGAAAACAGAUUGGAAGUAAUUUUUAUCCUAUACCAUUUACGGCAGAAAAUUAGACAAUAACCACAAUCACACUUCUUAAGAAAAAUCUUUCAAGAAUGUCUCAAGACCCUGAUUAUUACUGGACUAUCUCACUGAAUCUGUCCCAGGUGCUCAAUGAUAUUGGUGUCAAUGAGAAAAUGAUUCUGAAGAGGAGGAGGAUGGUCCUGUUAAGGGAAAUAAUGGCACAUAGUAGAUACGGAUUGCUGGGUACAAAUAUUUCCUUGUAUCAUUUUGGAAGCCAGUCUGAAGGGUCAAUAACAAUAGGACUCUGUUCAGACAGUGAUGCACUCAUCUGCGACAGUGCAUUUAUUGUUAUACAGGACUGGAGUGAGUGGCAACCUGGCAGGGACAAUCUACUGAUGAUCCAGGAUGAGACCACAUCGCCAGGUUACUGUCUACUACAAUGUCUGAGGGAUGAUGAGCCUCUUCCUCUUCAUACUGCUCUACUUGAUCAUGAACCAGACAGAUAUCAUACAGUAAGCAGAGGUAACGUGCUGAUGAAGAACACAGCUCAUAGAGAUUUUGGUUUAGCAGGAAGUGUAAUAAAUGGUCCUGCUUCAUCAAGGCAAGGAAGUCCUGGUUGUUGUGAUCAAGAUUUUGUCCGAGCAUUCCACUGUAAAUCAUGGCCUGUAGAAGCCCAACCAUGGUUAUUACAACAAGGUAUAGGAAGAUGGCCUACAGAAGAAAUGAAGAGAUACUGUGAGACUACAGGAUGUUUUGUUGUACCUGUGAGCAGUAAAAAUGGCCAGAAUGAAGAUCUUGAAUGGAGAAUAUCUACUUCCCACGCUGAAAGAUGUCUGAUGUUCAGUUUAAACAUCACACAAUUAAGAUGUUACAUUCUGAUGAAGAUGAUUCUUAAAACAUUCAUAAAUCCUCAGUGUGAUGGUGUCCUUUCAAGUUUCAUGUGUAAAACUGUUUUAUUUCAUUGUAUACAAAAUACAUGUUCAAAGAACUGGGUGCAAUCUAACUUACUCCCAUGUUUGAUGUGCUGCCUUACAGUAUUACAGAACUUUGUAAGACAAGAAAACUGUCCAAAUCUUAUGUUGCCUGAAAACAACCUAAUGGCCAGAAGAAUUUCUCCUCAUAACAAACUCAGAAUUAUUGAAAUACUACAAAAGAUCAUACAAAGUAAGGGUCGUGCACUGCUGAAGAUUCCCAUUGAUGACCUUGGUACAAGACUACAAGUGAAGAUAAAUAUGGGUGAAGCUUUUCAGUAUCAUGAAACUCCAGGCCAAAUGUAUGCUAAAAUUUCAACAGAGCUGCUAAUUAAUAUUACCAAAUGCAUAAGUGUCAGUUACAAGUUCCUUUUAGGAUCAAUGCAUGAUGGAAAUGAAAUGGUGUAUGAGAGGUUAUCAGACUUUACAUUAACACUAACAAGAAUGUACAGAGCAAUGGGUUUUAACAGUUUGGAAAAAUCUGCACUGAAGCUUUUCGCACCACUGCUUUCAUCUUCACUAGGGUCUGUGAUAGCAUCUCAUGACAUUUACACUACUCACAGUAUAUCUCCAGAAGCACUGUCCUGGUUUUCAGUUGGUUUGAACUCAGAUGUGGCAUCUGGUAGAUUGAAACUUGCAUCAGCACUAUGCUGUGUAGGAGAUAUGGAAAAAGCAGUGUUUGUUCUGAGGAAUAUAGAAGAAAUGUAUGAUCUGAAUACUGUUGAACCUGUGUGUGACUGCUAUGAUCAUCCGCAGUAUUACGUAAGGCAAGGAUUCAUAAAUAAAUGUAAUACUGGACAUGAAGAACUAAUACAACAUAACACAGCAUUUUGUGUUAGAUUUCUGCAGUGUGAAAUUUGCUGUGUUCCUAAAGAGCUACAGUAUGAAAUGUUUAGAUCUACACAAGAGGACAGGCUUGAAAGGAAUGAAAUAUCUGACGUCUGGAUGGAUUGGGCAGUGGUUGAUUCUCUACCAAACCUCUACUUCCUGCAGUACAAGACUUACGGCUCUCUUCAGAGAGUGGCAGACCAACAAUGUGCACUUGCAAAACUUGUCACUACCAUUGAAACAGAAAGAAAUCUAGGUCACAGGGAAACAGCACUGAACUUACUAGGUCAGUGUAUGGAACAAGAAAACCAACAUAUUGAUGCUUUACGCUGCUAUAUGAUAUCUCUUAAAAUUCGAGCAAGAAACAAUGCCGCAAAUUUUCUAUCUGUAGACUUCUUUAUGUAUUAUUCAACAUGCAGGAACCUGCACUGAACUGAACAGGGUACUGCUGAAAGCCUGAGUACCUGCAUGAAGAUGCUGCAAUACACACUGUUUGUAUUUAUACAUGUAACAUGUGCUAUUACAUGGUAACUUUAGAGAACUUUUAAAAGUCAAUGAAUAAAUCAUGAAGAUUUCAUGAAUUCACAUAAUUUACACAAAAUAAUUAUAUCUGCCUGGAGUACAAACAUUAUGUUGCUAUAGAAACAUCUAUGUAUUACGGAAUUCAGUUAGGACCAUUGCCUUUGAAUGUGCUGAUCUGAAAUGCGAUACUCUGUAGUACACUGAUGAAAAAACUAAAUCAUGAAGCUAUGGUAAAGAAAACACGAGAUUACAAUGAUGAUAACGUGAUUCUAUAUUAACGAAAAUUCGAUCAUAUGAUUUUACGAUGGUAAUAAUGUAAUAUACUAUUGUGUUUUCACCAUCAUACUGUCAUAUUUUCACCAUCAUAAUAUCCCGUAUUCGUUAUCGUAGUAUCAUGAUUCCGCAAUUUCGUAACCAUACUAUUCCGUUAUCACCAUGGUACUGUCAUGUUAUCACCAUUUUAUUGCUGUGUUAUCAUCAUCAUACUGUCACGUUUUCAUCAUCAUUCUAUCUGGUAGUGGAUAUUGAUGAAGAUCGACAGCUGAUUUUUUUGUAACAUUCUGAAUUAAUUCAUUAACAUGUGUCUUGUGCAAGGUGCUUGAAUACACUGUUUCCUUAUUGUUAACCACUUCAACAACCAUGGUAUUCUGUAUGACCUGCAGCAUGGUUUUAGGGAAAAAAGAGCGUGUGUUACCCAGUUAGUUAUGUUAGUAAAUGAUCUGGUCACUUCAGUCUACAAUAAGAAACAAGUAGAUCUUAUACUGCUAGAUUUUAGUAAGGCUUUCGACAAGGUUAGCCAUGAGAAACUUCUUCUAAAAAUACACAAAUAUAGAGUCAGAGGUAACACAUUAAGAUGGGUCAAAACCUUUUUAGAUAACAGGAUUCAAUCAGAAGUCCUAAACGUCACUACCUCUGAUGCCAUCCUAAUAUCAUCAGGUGUCCUACAGGUGUCUACUUGGUCCCCUGCUCUUCCUAGCUUACAUAAAUGACCUCCCACAAAACAUCAGCUCCGAAGUUCGUCUCUUUGCAGAUGACACGGCAAUAUAUCUAACUCUCAAAUUUCUAGACAAGAAGACCAUGAUGGUCUUGAAUCGCUCACCUGUCCCCACAUGACCCAGAUUUAAACUGAGCAUUACAUUGUUUUUUUUCUAUUAUUUGACAUAGUGACCUAGUUUUUGAGCUCAUGUUACCCAGUUUUGAAUUUGACCUAGAUGUCAUCAAGAUAAAAAUUUUAACCAAUUUUCAUGAAGAUCCAUUGAAAAAUAUGGCCUCUUGAAAGGUAACGAGGUUUUUCUAUUAUUUGACCGUAAUGACCUAGUUUUUAAAGGCACAUGACCUAGUUUCAAACCUGACCUAGAUAUUAUCAAGGUUAACAUUCUCACCAAUUUUCAUGAUGAUCUCAUUAAAAGUAUGGCCUCUAGAGAGCUCACAAGGUUUUUCUAUUUUUAGACCUACUGACCUAGUUUUUGACCAUUUGUGACCCAGUUUCGAAUUUUGACCUAGAUAUCAUCAAGAUGAACAUUCAGACCAACUUUCAUACUGAUCGUAUAAAAAAUAUUGCCUCUAGAGAGGUCACAAGGUUUCUCUAUUUUUAGGCCUACUGACCUAGUUUCUGAAUGCAUGUGACCCAGUUUCGUACUUGACCUAGAUAUCAUCAAGGUGAAUAUUCUCACUAAUUUUCAAGAAGAUCCAUUGAUAUUAGACCUACUGACCUAGUUUUGGACCACAUGUAACCCAGUUUCAAACUUGACUUAAAUAUCAUCAAGGUGAAUUCUGACCAAUUUCAUUCUGACCAAUUUUCAUGAAGAUCCAUUCAAAAAUAUGGCCUCUAGGGAUGUCACAAGGUUUUUCUAUUUUUAGACCUACUGACCUAGUUUUUGACUGCAUGUGACCCAGUUUCGAAUUUGACCUAGAUAUCAUAAAUGUGAACAUUCUGACCAAUUUUCAUGAAGAGCUCAUGAAAAGUAUGGCCCCUAGAGAAGUCACAAAGUUUUUCUAUUUUUAGACCUACUGACCUAGUUUUAUACUGCACGUGACCCAGUUUCGAAUCUGACCUAGAUAUUAUCAAAAUGAACACUCUGACCAACUUUCAUACAGAUCCCAAGAAAAAUAUGGCCUCUAGAGAGAACACAAGGUUUCUCUAUUUUUAGACUUACUGACCUAGUUUUUUACCGCACGUGACCCAGUUUCGAACCUAACCGAUUUUUAUGAAGAUCCAUUUUUUUCUUUUGUCGCUGUUUACCAGCUCAAGAGCAGAUUUACAUUAGAACGACUCUGUUUACCGUUUAAAAGCGUAUAAAAUUAAAAAAAAAAAAACGUUCUUCAACCAUACAGUGCUCUGAUGGGUAAGCGACAAAUAUACAUUCUUCAACGAUACAAGCGCUCUUUUGGGUUGGAACCAAAUAUAUAUUCCUCAACGAUACAGUGCUCUUUUGGAUAUUGCAAAAAAAGAGUCCUAACUUUUGCCAACAUGCCCACAACGUUCAAAUAUGUUUAAAAAUAAUGAGUAAUGACCGAUAUGACCAAUAAGAUCAAUUUUAAUGAUCACCUUUAUAAUUUUAUUGGGAUAACCCAUAUAUUGUCUUCAGAUCUACGUAAGUCUUAUGUUUGUCUCAUAAGGCUUUAUUAUGCGUGAUCUGAAUUUAAAUAGGCCUGGGUUUUCUCAAGAAUACUUAAAUUAUGCAAAUUUGAUAGUUUAUUGAUCUAUAUCGAUAACAAGAGCUGUCACUAAUGGUGACAAAUGCCCCAGCAGCGCCUUGACCUUUGACCUGGUGACCCAAAAGUCAAUAGGGGUUGUGUACUCAAUAAGUACUAUCAGCAUGUGAAGUUUGAAGGUCCUGGGUGUAGUGGUUCAUGAGUUAAGUGCCUUCAUGCAAAAAGUUAACAUUGGCUCCUGUGACCUUGACCUUUGACCCCAAAGUCAGCAGAGGUGGUGUACUCAAUAAGUACUAUCAGCAUGUGAAGUUUGAUGGUCUUGGGUACAGUGGUUUCUGAGUAAAGUGCCUUCAUGUAAAAAGUUAACAUGGGCCUCUGUGACCUUGACCUUUGACCUGGUGACCCUAAAGUCAGUAAGGUCGUGUACUCAAUAAGUACUAUCACCAUGUGAAGUUUGAAGGUCCUGGUUGCAGUGGUUCGUGAGUAAAUGCCUUCAUGCAAAUAGUUAACAUUGGGACGAACGAACGAACAAACUAACAAAUUGACGGACAGUUGAAAACUAAUAUGCUUCACUUAGUGGGUAUAAAACAAGAGCUGUCAGUAGACAGCGUGCUCGACUAUUCUCAGUGCUUGAUAGUAUAAUAUAAGCCAUGAGUAACACUUUAACACUACAAUAAGCAUAUUCUAAGUUGAAAAGGGGCCAUAAUUCAGUCAAAAUGCUUGACAGAGUUGCCUCCUCCUUUUUACAGACUGGGGUCAUGAUGGUAAACAAGUAUGCAAAAUAUGAAAGCAAAAUCACAAUGGACUUUAAAAAUAUUUGGGGUGGUAUGCAAACUUCAACAUUUAUUCUAAGUCAAAAAGGGGCCAUAAUUCAGUCAAAGUCAAAUGCUUCAUAGAGUUGCCCCCUCCUUUUUACAGACUGGGGUCAUGAUGGUAAACAAGUAUGCAAAAUAUGAAAACAUCUCAAUGGACUUUGAAAAUAUUUGGGGUGGUACGCAAACUUUAACAUUUGUGUGACGCUCACGCUAACUCUAACGUUCACGCUAACGCUCUCGCCGACACCGGGGCGAGUAGGAUAGCUCCCCUAUUCUUCAAACAGUUGAGCUAAAAAAUUGCACCAGUUCAUAAUAGUUUAUGUAAGGAUUAUUAUAGUAAUACUAGUACUAUGGGAUAAAAAACAACAUUAUUUAAAUUGAAUCUAUGAUAGUUUGUUUUAAUUUACAGUACAAUAACUAGUUCUUGUUCAAAACACAAUCAAAUGAUCAAUAAUCAACUUUUGUAUUUGUUUCGAUUCUGGGUCCAGUUGUUCGAAACUUUAACAGGCGAUUAAGCUAACGGUUGAUUAACUUUUAGAGUUAUUUUUCGGCAUUUCAGACGACCUUGAAAAAUAAAAGUAUGAGGUAAGAAUUAUGAACAAUGAAAAUUCUUUACAAUUAAAUCAAAACAUCAUACCUGUGUUUCUCACCAAGUGUAGUAUUUUUAACCAAAAUUUAACCGGCAGUUAAUUUAACAGCCGGUUAAAGUUUCGAACAACUGGUCCCAGGGAAUUGCUAAUUGUGCAAGCUGCCACCGUUUUGACACUUUUUAAUUGGUGCCGACUUAUCUCACUGAAUGCUUCACAGUUUUAAAAAGUUUUGCAAUUAUAGGUAACGGGGUCGUUAAUUGGCACAUGAUCACUUGCUAAUCUCCUGCGGCGUAGAUUGCAAAUUCGAUAACCAUGGUAGUGCUGUCUGACACGUGUAGGUUUCACAUGUUAGGACAGAAGUACUAGUAGAUCUAUUCCUGUAGAUCUCACGAUUUUUUCCCCCCAAAAAUUGAAAAUCCAUGAAUUUACAUCCCCACAAAACAGCUAUUUUGGCCAAAACCACAAAUUUCGUGCCGACUAAAUUAAAUGAUUUCACAGUAGACCGAGCUACAACUGUUGCCUUUAGAGUGUUCACAAACUUUUUCUUUGAUUGACCAUGUGACCUAGGUUUUAACCUCAAAUGACCCAGAAUAAAACUGGGCCUAGAGAUCAUCAAGAAAAACAUUCUGACCAAGUUUCAUAGAGAUUGAGUCACAACUGUGGCCUCUAGAAUGUUUACAAGCUUUACCUUUGAUCAGGUCUACUGACCUAGUUUUUGACCCCACAUGACCAAGUUUAAACUUUGACCUAGAGAUCAACAAGACAAAAUUUAAUAUUCUGACAAAGUUCCAUAAAUAUAGGGUCACAACUGUGGCCUCUCGAGUGCUCACAAGCUUUUCCUUUGAUCUGGUCUACUGACCUACCUAUUGACCCCACAUGACCCAGAUUCGAACCUGACCUAGAGAUCAUCAAAACAAACAUUCUGACCAAAUCUCAUAAGUUUGAAUCACAACUGUGGCCCCUAGAGUGUUCAAAAGAUUUUCCUUUGAUCUGGCCUACUGACCUACUUUUUGACCCCACAUGGCCAAGAUUCAAACUUGACCUAGAGAUCAUCAAGACAAACAUUCUGACUAAGUUUCAUAAAUACUGGGUCACAACCUUGGCCUCUAGAGUGUUCACAAAGCUUUUUCCUUUGACCUAGCCUACAGAUCUAGUUGACACUACAUAACCCAGUUUCGAACUUGACUUAUCAAGACGAACAUUCUGACCAAGUUUCAUGAAGAUUGGGUCAUAAAUGUGGCCUCUAGAGUGUUCACAAGGCAAAUGUUGACGGACGCAAAUGUUGACGGACGCCACACGACAGAUGCCGACUGACGCCGGACAAUGACUGGUCACAAUAGCUCACCUUGGUGAGUUUACAUGUAAGCUACAAAAUCUGACAAUCAAUUUCCAGGCUACCUGAUAUGGAGUUUCAAAUAUUAAAAUGCAAAAUGUGUGAAAAUACGCCGGGAAAGUUUUACACAGGUCUUGUUAAAAACAUAAUGAUCAGAAAUACGUUGUAAAAUAUAUUUUAAUGAAAAACAGUAUGUAUUUAUCUUUUUUACGCGAGCUAUAAAUUUUACAUUUUAUACAAAUGUAAUUUAGGACGUUGGGUCCCGA